AUGGAAGCUCAGCGAGCACAGCUGCCGUCCGCGAGCUCCGAACCUUCUCGCGAAGGCACACCAGAAGUCGAGCCUCGGGAUAAUGAUCGCCGCGACGUUUGGCAGCGACAUGCGGACGUCGAGGCUGCUGUCGAUUCCAGACUGACCAGAGUCAUCACGAAUCGCACUCCGCCGACCACCGUAGCAGCGGCUUGGGCUCAGAACGACUAUGAAAGGGUCGUUGAGCUUGCGUCGCAGGCCAUCGAGGAGAGUACGAACGCGCCAGCGCUGAAUGACGUCCAGGGCGUCCGGAGGCUUUGCUCCACUCUGCAAAUUCGUUUCAAGGCCUAUCAGGCGCUCAGACUCCUUUCACUGGCGGUAUCCGAUGCCAAUCGUACCUUAGCGCUACUUUCACAAUUUGGGAUCACCAUCCAAGAUGACACGCACGCACUUCCAGGUGGUCUUGGCGAGUCCGGAGCAGCCACCAACAGCAAUCAACGAGGCCUCAAGCGCUCGGUCGUGGUCGAACGGUGCCCGGAUGGCGGGAAAAGGCCGAGGACAGAUGGCAUCAGGGACCCUGCACCUAUCACGAUUCUCAGUCUUCCCACCGAAGUGCUUUUGGCAAUCGCGGACUACCUCGACCCGCCGGAUCGCAUUCAUCUAGCUAACUCCAAUCGAGGUUUCAGGAACAUCUGCGAACUUUGGCAGCAUCUUGUCUUCGUACGAAUCAAGCGCUUGGAGCGGGCGUGGGUCCGCGACACUAUCGAAGCGUGCGUCGCUGCAAUCGAGACGUGCCAUCGGAAGUCUGCCGGCACACUGACGAGCGUAACGCUUAAGGGCUUUAUCUUGCUUGAUGACGUAGCACCCAUCUUGGAAGCACUGCGACCGAGCGCACAGACGCUCACUCAUCUGGCCCUCGCGACACGCAAUCAAGAGCGUUGCUACAAGGAGCUUUAUCAGUAUUGCCCCAACCUCGAGAGCGUCGACAUUCGCUGCGCACAUCAGCCUUCGGAAGAAAAAUCCAUCGAGCGCAUGUGCUACGACACGUAUAUGUUCACGAAGACACCGUGGCCUUUCAAGCUCAAGUAUUUCUUUGCCAAUCCGGACGUCGACUGCGGUCCUUUCGAGUCUCAUCAUCCUCACGUUCCGUUUGUUCCUCACAUGAAGGGCAUCGAAGUGGUCCACGGUAUCAACUUUUGGAGACAGAGAGACCCCGGAUUCGCCGCCGCCAUCGACCUCAUGGCUCCAACGCUACGCGAGUGGAUCGACCGGCCCGGUGUCACGUGGUCUGAAGAUCAUUUCGAACGAGAUGAGACGCCCAAGGACGUCGGAAAGGACCUCGUCUUUCCGCGCCUGCUGAAGCUCAACGGCGUCUGGAGCGAAGUCUGGACCCGCUGCGAGUUUCCGGCCCUUCAAGAGCUCACCUACAACGCCCUUCGCACCAGGUUCACAACCACCCAGCUUGCCAAGGAUCAGCCGGUCAAUGUCAUCUCUCGCAGUCCAUCCUUGAAGAGGCUUGACAUCCUGCUGCCUCUGUUGGACAGCGCGACCAAGAAGAUCAUGUGGGCCAUAGCAGAACUGCAGCAUCUCAAAGAACUGAAUCUGUGGUUCAGGUACACCGGUGGUCUCACUCUGAAAGGACUUGUCGAGUUUCAAAUGGACGGCGACGACUCUCAAACACCAGUCAGGGUUAUAUUGCCGAAACUGCAUACGCUCGGUAUCUUCAUCAAGGUCUCCUCGCUUUCCACCGAGUCAUUCUUCGUGCAUGAUUUGUGCCAGUUUCUGUGUCAUCGCUUCUUCCUGCUACAAGGAUGCAGUCGUGACGAGGCGAAGAAAAGAGCAGAAGCUGCCCUCUAUCUGUACGAAAGGACGUCGCAGAGGCAGAACAAGCCGUCAAGGAAGAAGCACUCAACCGAGGGCGUGGCGCUGGCUUCCGAAUCUGCCUACAAGGGUGAAUUCGAGACCAGGGACGAUGUCACGCGAGAGAGAUUUACGCCUGUCCUACCUCUUCUCGUCAGCAAUCCAUCGAAGAAGCCGGGCAAAGAGAAGAUGAUCUGCAUGCCCAAUCCCCUGCUUGACCAGCUCGUCGGAAACUACGCCGAACUCGACAUCGAUCCGGAGUUCGUCACCAUCCCGAAGAGGAUGAGUUAG